AACGCAACUUGGUGGCUCGCCUGCACUCUGCUCCGACCAGUAUCCUGCUCUGAGGGACAUUACACGAGACAGGCAACUUCGUUCCAGCAUUCUGCGAGGUCCCCUCUUGUACCUGAAACAAAGCCGUGAAAUGACAGACUCGCUGUACACCUCUUACGCUGAGGUGCUCUCGCUAUGCACAAAGUCCAAGGACGACCUUAACAAAAUACUGGAUCACGAGCAGGGCUUUGCUGCGCGCAUUCACCGCCUAUGUCGAGAUCAAUUUGCCCAGUCUGUUGCGGGGAAACCACCACAGGAGCCGUUGACACCAGAGUUGGAGGCGCUAAGGAUGGAGCGUGAUACUUGGGCGUUGGUGCAGAUGCUGAUGUCACAUCGCAGAACAACCGGCCGUCCACACACGGACGCCCGCCGUCUCCUCCAAUCCAACCCUUACACACCGCCAUCGACGCUCGCCCAGUCAAUCAUCGCCGCGUCCCCGGUGCUCUCAGAGCUCUUCGUCGUCCGCGAAUGGCUCCAGCAAACCGCGCCAGUGCCGGAGGUGUCCAACGCGGGGGCGCUCAACGGCUACUGGCGUUUCACGAAGAUCGCGAUCAUGCAGGGUCUGCGCACCGGCCAGCGCACCGCGGGCAUCGUCACGGAGAUGGACCCUGACGCGGUCAACCGGGGUGGCGCGGAUGCUAGGGGACUAGCGGGAGAUGACGCGAGCGACGAGAAGGAACUUUUACAUAUGCUGUUCAUGCUUGUGCGCGCGGGCCGAUUGGCAGAAGCUGCUCAACUGUGUCGCAGAGCAAAGCAGCCGUGGCGGGCGGCGAGCCUCAACGGGUCGCUGCUGCUUCGAUGGCGUGCACUCGCGAAGGGAUGCCCUGGCGAAGAAGACUCGGCCGACGGGAUGGAUCUGGACGAGGGAUGGACCGGCAACGUGCGCAGGAAGCUCUGGAAGACCACAUGCACGCGGGCCGCGCUGAACCCGGCACUGUCGACGACGGAGCGUGCUCUGUACGCCGCUCUCGCUCCUUCUCCACAGACUGCGGCGUCGCUCAAGGCGGCAUGCCGGACGUGGUCGGACCACCUUUGGGCACUCAUAUCCGUUGCGUGCGAAGACCGGUUGACGGCGGCGUUUGCCAGCCUUGAGCACAAUUCUUUCUGGGAAGGCGGUCUGGCUGCCGUCGAUACAAUGGAGACGCCUGAGAGCACUGCGGCGAUGGACGGUAUGGAGGUGGACGAUGCGGUUUGGGAGCAGGAAGUCGUCAGUGCGCUCGAGUCGCUGCAGAACACCAUCGUCGAGGAGGGGCCUCCGGCGGAUAACCCUUUCCAUGUGACACAGUUGCAAGUGAUUCUUAACCGCGCCGAUGCGCUGAUGGAUGGAUAUGCGAAAGAGCUGCAAGCUAAAAGUCUUAACGCGAAUUCUACAGAAUAUCCCGCGAUGACGCGGUUCUUCGCCCAUCUGUGCCUGUACUUCCGCAUGCUCGAUAUCGCGGUCUCGCCAGGUGCCAUUCAAGUCAUUUUGGAAGCGUAUCUGCAGGUACUCGAGGCGAGAGGCGAACGCGAACUGAUCGCGAUGUACGCGGCCGCUAUGGGCACAAACGCGGUAGAUCGCUACGCGUCAUUCCUCACCUCGCUCGACGUCUCAGUCAGCAUCUCCGACCGACGAGCCGCCCUUGCGCGCGCGCGCGACCACGGACUCGACAUGCAGCGCGUCGCAGAGGCUACCACGCAGCGCACAAUCGCCAUGACGAUGGAGCAAUUGCCUGGUGCGGAGGGACCGCUGCCGAGUGCGGAGGAGAUGGCGGCGGCGCCGUCGGAUGUGGAGAUGAUGCUCGUGCGCGCGAUUGAGUGGACGACGUUCAUGGAGUCUACGUAUAAAUUCGCUCUGGAGCGGACGAAUGCCGUCCUGCGCUACCUCCUCGCAAGAGGACGAUUGCAGCCGGCCAGGAGGCUGAUCGGUAUGCUUCCGCGCGAGCUGGCGCAGAUUAAUGAGCCUGAGAAGGACGCGACGGAUUAUUUGCAUUAUCGCAUGUUUUUCGUGGCAUGGGAUUCGCUUGCGAAGGUGGAAGAGUGUAGGGAUCUGGAGUCUUCGCAGACUUCGAGGGAGGGACGGGCGGCGUGGUUGAAUGCGUACAAGGACCGUCUGCGAUAUGCGAGGGAGCAGGUGAAGAAGCUCUUGACUGAGGCAUGGUUGAUUGUUGGCAAUAAGAGUCCAAGUGAUCCCCGGCGGCGCGAAUUCGCACGUAUCCGCCAGAUCUACGUCCCCGAGCUCAUCAUACGCCUGCACAACCUGCUCGUCGAGGCACGACGUCACUUCCCCGAGAGCCUGAAACACGCGUUGCUGUUCGCGAAUAUCGUGGCAGACUCGCGGUACAAGCUUACCGAGGACUUUGUCGCGAGCCAGGAUGGGAAGAGGUUGGGGGAGUAUUUGAUGAAUGUGAGGGGGGCGGUGUUGGCUGGGUUGGAGCAUGGAGGAUCGGAUCCGUAUCGGGUUUUGCAUUGAAAGGUAUUUUAUGGUGUGUGUGGCCGGGCUGGGGUUCUUCAUGCGAGAUUUGUGGAUAGGCUGAUUUCUUUUUCUGCUCACGAAGUGAAUU